AUGUCUUCAUCAUCUACCCGCGCAACUUACGGCGGAAGCAACGCUCAGCAAACCGGCGUCAAUUCUGAAAAGGCCCAGAUUUCGCCCCAGGUCCCAGUCCAUUUGACCUAUGAUAUGGACCGAUUUGCUCAAAAAAGCGGAAAGAAAUCUAGCAGUGGUCAUCUACGGCCGCCGCUCGAAUUCCGCAGUGCCCCAACCCAGGCCGAGUCAGAAGCUCGGAUGCAAGCGCAGCUACACGAGUUCGAUGACAAGUUUUAUAAGAGCAACGGUUCGAGCGACAAAUGCACUCCUAGUGCAAAGAAAUGA